CAAGGCAAGUCAGGUGGCUGGGGUUUGUGGAAGUCUUGAUAAACAGUGGGUGUUUUGGUUGCUUUUAACGAUCAUCAGGCGCCAUACAUGGUAAAAACUGGAUUCAAACAAUAAUUUGCUGCAUAUUGCUUGGUUGCAUCAGAGACGUUUUAUCACUUCAGACUUAACUUAUUUCCCUGCUUUGUGUAACUAUCGUUUGUUGCUUUGAAACGCGGACACCGUACAGACCGCUAUACGACGGCUUUCUUUACUAUAACAUCUAGACAGCUACACUAUAGCCUAUUCGAACAAGCAAGACAUUGGUAUAUUUUACCGUAGGGAAAUAUGGAUGCCAACGUUUCUUUUUUAAAAUACGAAUUGGCCUCCACCAUCGAGCAGGCGGUAAGAAACGCCGUAGAGACCGUAUUGAGGGAAACGGCGAGGCUAGUAGGAAGCAAGCUAUCCGCGGCUCAUACUGCUGCCGCAGAGUCUCAUCGAGAGAAUCAAAGUUUGAGAGAAAGGUUGGACAUUUCAGAGAGCGAACUGAAGGCGGUGCGUUACUAUAUGACGGCUGCAGAGAAGAAUAUCAAACAGUGUUUGCUUCUCAAUCAGAGUCAACCACGCUCACACACCAUAAGCUCUGAACCUUCAAACAGCGGAGAUACCCUGUUUUCCCUACCCUCUAUAUCCGACCCGACACUUAGUCCUCAUGGCAUCGGUGCUACACGCAGGUCGGUGAAAUCGCUUCGCAACUUACCUGGACGGUCUCAAUUUUCCAAGUCAUUUCCUAGUGUAGGUCUCUGCUUACCGACUGUGCAGCCAGAGUGGGGUAGAACCGCUACGAACCGCAGGAGAAUGCGUUCCUCCCCUUCAGGAAAUCUAUAUGUGACAAACCAUAGCCGAACCACACACAACGAUUUGCAAACGGAACACGUAUUGCUCGAAACUGCGGAGGAUCCGGAGAAUCAAUUUUAUAUUACCGACGAAGGCGUCGCAGAUAAAGGUAUGCAUUUUCUAGAAUAUACGGGCACUGUGGGGUCAGAUGAGAAUGACGGAAGAGUUCUGCAGGAGCAGGACAGCAUGGUGGGGCAGCCCAAGGAGCAGCCUGAAAUCGGCAAGUUUGAGUUUGAGAUGGGAGCCCCUGCGGGGGACGUGAACGAGCUGGGUCUGAUCCGGGUUAUGGAGGAUGGGGACGAAGUCAAAGAUGGGGCAGUCAAGAUUGAGGACGACACCGAGGAUCCUGCCCUGGAGCCCCUCGUCUCCCAUCUGUCCGUCCCAGCCCAGCAGUUGUCACCCCCGUCCGGGGAAAGCGGAGGCGGCGGUGUGAGCUUCACAGCGGCUUCCAUGGAAUCUGCCGACAUGGCCGCCAUGCAGAUGCAGAGGGAGAGCCCGGACAAGGUCCACCGCUGCAAUGUGUGCGGCCGCGGGUUCCGCCGAUUCUACUGCCUCAAGACCCACCAGCGGAUCCACACGGGCGAAAGGCCGUACCCCUGCAGGUACUGUGAGAAGCGCUUCCGCCACCUUGACAGCCUGCACAAGCACCAGCGCAUCCACACCGGGGAGAGGCCAUACCGCUGCACCCAGUGCAGCUGCUGCUUCCGCGAACUGGGUCAGCUCAAGAAGCACCGACUGACCCACUCGCCCGUCCCUCUCACUCCCCACCCCACGCUUUCUCUCGCCCCGGCAACACACUCCUUCUCCUGGUCUCAUCUCACUUCGCAGUCCCUGGAUUCCACUUAAGAGCAGUGGUGCGAUCGGGGGAUGAUAUCUGACUUAUUUUAUUUGCACACACAGCUCUAAUUGAAGCACGGGACAGAUGUCCAGACAUGAAUGGCCAGCAAUCGCAGCAAAGAAAUAAUGUUCCCGUAAGGUUUAAGGUUACAGUUGUAUUUUUAAAUUUUGCUGCAGUGCAAUGGCAGUGGUGAUAAUUGUGUAUAUGUGUUAGGUACAUAGAAUAGAAAUAAUUAGAAUUAGGGCUGUCUGGGUUGUGUAGAGGUAUAAGCACUCUCCUACCACCGCAGAGAAGCGGGUUCAAUCCAUUACAGGCAUUUGGCAGACGCUCUUAUCCAGAGCAAUCCCCAGCAGCGGUACUUCCGGCUUGGUCAGACGUUCCUACACAAUUGGCAGUGUUCGUGGGUGGGAAGCCGGGGAGGGUAUGAGUCCUGAUCGUUGCAUUAGCGACUGGUUAGUCGGGGCACCUGUUCAGGGAGGGGAUCUGGGGGAGAUAGCGUGAACCUUACGCUCUCCCAGUGAAACUCCACGCUGUCGGGUGAAAAGAAGCGGCUGGCGACUCUCCAUGUAUCGGAGGAGGCAUGUUGUAGUCUACACCCUCCCCAGACCAACAGAGGAUAGCGCAACGACCAGAACUGUGAUACACACGGGGAAUUAGUGUAACGACUAAAUUGGGAAGAAAAUAGCAAAUAGAGAAAAAAAAUUAGAAUUAGUCAUUUUGUACAAGACUGUUUUGAUGCAUUUUCCAGAGGACAUUUUCCAGAGGACUUGUGUGGAUAGCCUAGGUUUCUGUGGGAAAUAACUUCGGAAUCUGGCACCCACCAAUCAUGGUUUUCUUUUUGCAUAUAUCAAUAAUACAGCAGAGCUGAUGUUUGUUUGGUGUGAUAAAUGGGGAUGAAAGCGUGGGGCCAGCUGUUUUUCUUUCAACCUCAGUUUAUGUUUGACCAAGUUAUCUCCAUGGUUUUGGUAUUUACUGUAGCAGUUUCAGUGUCUUAGCAUAACAUCUCCGUGUGUUACUACACAUCCCAGUGUGUUAUAAACCUGUUUACACUCUGCUCCCACCAUGGUCUUUGGAUCAUGAGGUCAGAUUUUGUGUCUUUAUUUACCAGGGUCUACUAAUUUGUAUGUUGUGCUAAAUUGUUAACCAUGUUGAAACAAUAUGGUGUUUGCCCUGUCUAAGAUUCUAAAUUAUAUAUUUCUCUGUGCAAGGAUACCGGUGAAUUCAUUUACUCAUUGUUGAAAAUGUGCUACUAUAAUUAUCUAACUGCCUGUUCUUACUAGCCACUUUUAGAUCUGCUUGGCUGCUAUUAUAUCAACUUUUUAAUGGGGUUGUUGACAUUUUCAGUUUCUCCGGGUAGACCUGUCCCUAUAUCCUUCCAGCAGCAUCAGUGAUUUUUUUAAUAUGUGAAAUAUGGACUGAAAACUGCAGAUACAUGGAAGCUGAAGGAGGCAAAAUUAUUAUACUAUUUCUUGUGUGUUAUUAUUACAUGAAAAAAUCUUGUUAUUUCACUGUGCAAAUUAAAACUAGGUUAUUUCA